GUGGGAGACAGCAAGAUGGCGUACCAGACAUUCCGGCAGGAGUAUAUGCAGAUUCCACCGGUGACACGAGCAUAUACAACAGCGUGUGUUCUAACUACUGCAGUGGUGCAACUAGAACUCAUUACUCCAUUUCAGCUUUACUUCAACCCAGAGUUGAUAUUCAGGCAUUAUCAGAUAUGGCGGCUAGUUACAAACUUCUUAUUUUUUGGACCAGUUGGAUUUAAUUUUUUAUUUAAUAUGAUUUUUCUAUACAGAUAUUGCAGGAUGCUUGAAGAAGGUUCAUUCCGUGGUCGAACAGCAGAUUUUGUAUUUAUGUUCCUCUUUGGUGGUCUGUUGAUGGUUAUAUUUGGGUUGUUUGUCAAUCUUGUGUUUUUAGGGCAAGCUUUUACAAUAAUGCUUGUGUACGUUUGGAGCAGAAGGAAUCCUUAUGUUCGAAUGAAUUUCUUUGGUCUCCUAAAUUUCCAAGCACCUUUCUUACCGUGGGUGCUUAUGGGUUUUUCCCUGCUACUGGGAAAUUCUAUUAUUGUCGAUCUGCUAGGGAUUGCAGUUGGCCACAUAUAUUUCUUCUUAGAAGAUGUGUUUCCAAAUCAGCCUGGAGGUGGUAGAAUUCUUAAAACGCCAUAUAUUUUGAAAGCUAUUUUUGAUGUACAAGAAGAAGAUCCAAAUUACAAUCCACUACCAGAAGAUCGUCCUGGAGGAUUUGCCUGGGGUGAGGGACAACGCCUUGGAGGUUAGGAGAAACAGUGCCAACAAUCUAAUGCAGCUGAGCGGGGAACUCACCUCAAGUACCUUCUGGAUUCACAUUCAGCCUGUGGCUAGAGACAACUGUACAGUUCUCCAGAACAGGAAGCACUUUAUGUUUAAUUGGCUGAUCCGGAAUCCUUUUCAACUUUCCAACUGUGCCUCUCACCUGAGGUUUUGUUUGCAUUGGUACUUGAAACUUUUGGAGCCAAGUAACUGGAAACUGACUCAAAUUAAGAAGGCCAUGCUACAUGUUUAAAUGGAUUUUAAAAGUGUUGUGUGUAUUUUUCUUAAUUUCUUUGAUACAGAUAAGGAUACAAUGCAAUCUUUAAAAAAAA